AACAAUGGAAAGUGUCGUCAACUCAAUCAAUAUUUCAAGAAAACAGUUCAGAUGAUUUUGUGUGCGUGUGUAUGUGUCUUUGUGAGUGCUCGCAAUUUGUUUGUGAAAAGAAUCUUUCAAACCUAACAAAAUAAAAGUGGAAAUUUAUAUAGUGUGUGUGUUGUAUUUUGUGAAUAACAGACAUAAAAAACGGAAAACAAGGGCAUUCACCGGUAUUGUUGAAUAGGCAUGUAGGCAUUUUGAGUGUGAGCAUACAGGGCAUACAGCGAUCGGCAGACAAACAGACGGACCUGCUCAGGUGCAUUCGCAAUUCGAAACUGACCGAGGAUAUAUAUACUUUAUGGGGUUUGUGAAGUUGGUUUCUGCGCGAAUAUAAAGGCGUUGGACAAAAAAUUAAAUUUUGAAAUUCCAACAACAUGACCGCCGGAAGUACGGAGGAAGCUGAACAAUUGUUCGCAGAGAAACGAAAAAAACCCGGUUACGGUAAUGCCUUCCUCGAUAGCUUAAAUAAGAUGCGAAUUAAUCGAGAGAAUUGCGACUUUGCUUUGGAGGUAGAAGGCGAAACAAUAUAUGCCCAUAGGCUGGCCCUUGCAAUUGCUUCCUCCUAUUUCGCAGCCAUGUUUCAAAAUGAUACAAAAGAAAAAGCCACGGGAUUAGUUAAAUUUGAAGAUAAUGACGUAACUGCUGUAAAAACCAUCGUUGAGUACAUCUACUCUGGAGAACUAUUACUAACUGAGGAAAACGUUCAAUCGAUUUGCACAACAUCUGACUACUUACAGAUCGAAUGGGUAAAAAGCGAAUGUGUGGAAUUUCUUAAACGCAAUUUAAACGCAACAAAUUGUCUCCAGCUACGAACAAUUGCUGAUAAGCCACCGUUCAAAGAACUCUAUGAAUGCAGCCACAACUAUAUUUUAGAAAACUUUGUCGCAUUAAUCCAUAAGAAGGAAUGGUUAGAGCAGCCCUUUGAAGUCGUAAGUAAAUAACUGAAGCAUUAAGCAAUUUG